AUGGCGGGCCCAAUUCCCUCUCUCGGGGCCCUGCGCGCCCUACACUCUUCCCUCCUCCACCCACAGGCCCUCCACAACCCCAGAAUCACCAGCCAACAAGUCCGCCAUGCGACCCUGCUCCGGCGCCCAAAACGGCCGUAUACAUUCACCCAGCUCAUCACGCUGUCCGACGGCUCCUCCUUCACUCUGCGCACGACAAACCCGACGCCCGUGUACAAGAGCACAAAAGAUAUCAGAAACACGCCACUGUGGAAUCCGAGCUCGCAGAAACUGCUGGAUGUCGAGGAGGAUGAGGCGGGCAAGCUGGCAGCGUUUAGGGCCAAGUUUGGACGGGGGUGGGAUGCUGAGGGGACAAAGGGCGACCAGGACGAUGGCGGUCAAGACCAUCUGUUGGAUCUCAUAAGUGGCAAGAAGAAUGCGCCAACGAAGAAACCCGAUGCUGCAGCGCAGACUGCUGGAAAAUCUGCCCCCAGUUCUGCGAAACCAGCAACGAAGAAGUCAUGA